AUGGCCAGUGUGGACAGGGGAGAGCGAAGGGAGCCCCCAGGGGAGCCGCAAGGCUUGGUCUCCUUUCAAGGCCUGGAGCAGGACUGGCACCAGCGGAGUUUUGUCAACCGCAGCUUGGCGCUGGGGAAGAUUCGCUGCUUCGGCUUUGACAUGGACUACACCCUGGCUGCCUACAAGUCCCCAGCGUAUGAGGCACUGGCCUUCGAGUUACUGCUGGAGCGCCUGGUGUGCACUGGGGACCCACACGAGAUGCUGCGUUACACCUACGACCCCUCCUUUCCCACCAGGGGGCUGGUGUUUGACGUGCUCUGUGGGAACCUGGUGAAGGUGGACACCCAUGGGAAAGCGCUAGGGAGGGCACAUUGCCUGCACCCAGCCCACUCCCUCCCCAGGGCAGAGAUCUGGAGCUUCUACCCCAGCAAGUUCAUUCAGAGGGACGACCUGCAGAGGUUCCACAUCCUCAACACGCUCUUCGACCUGCCUGAAACCUACCUGUACGCGUGCCUGGUGGACUUCUUCUCGGGCUGCUUCCGCGACACCAACUGUGACACUGGCUAUCAGCAUGGGAAUGUCUUCAUGUCCUUCCGAAGACUCUUCCAGGAUGUGAAUGAUGCCAUGGAUAAUGUCCACCAGUCGGUGCGAAUCCCCAUCCUGCUGGGCAAGAUGAAGGAGGUUGGGAAAGUGUUUCUGGCCACCAACAGCAGCUACAACUACACGGAUGCCAUCAUGACCUACCUGUUUGGCAUCGGGGAGGCUGAGGCCUCCGACAGGCCCUGGAGGUCCUACUUCGACCUGAUUGUGAUAGACAUACAGAAGCCCCGCUUCUUUGCUGAGGGUACGGCGCUGAGACAGGUCAACACGGUAAUGGCAGGGGCUGAGGACUCGAGCAAGCUCCCCGUGGGCACCUACACGGGGCCCCACCAGCACUGCGCGGUUUACUCUGGAGGCUCUUCGGAUGGGGUGUGCGAGCUACUUGGGGUGCAGGGGAAGGAUAUCCUGUACAUUGGGGACCACAUCUUUGGGGACAUCCUCAAGUCUAAGAAGGGGCAGGGCUGGCGGACUUGCCUGGUGGUUCCUGAGCUGUCCCGGGAGCUGGCCAUCUGGGCCCAAGAGAAGGAGCAGAUGGAGGAGCUGAAGAGGCUGGACAUGCGCCUGGCAGAGCAGUACCAGCACAUGGAUGGGAGCAGUUAUGGGCUGCAAGUCAUCAACUCCACCAAGAGGGAGAUUCAGAUGCCCCAUGAGUCAGUUGUGGAGCAAGAAUGAGCCAAACUCGAUCCCUUCUCCUGCCCCUGCUUCUACAGCCAGAGGGUCAAUAUGAAAGACCGUAAAUGA